AUGGUGACUGUUGAACUGCUCGAUGACGUAGCUAUUGUGGCUGCCAGGAAGACGACGACUGUAGUCCAUGACGUGAACUUCCUUUUUCGAGGGCGACUCAUCACGAAUGGUUGCGUGGAAAUGCUCGGCGAUGCUUCCAUAGGCGUCUUUAAUACGCUCCUUAUCAAAUCGCUCCACAAAUCAAACAAACUGCUUCGAACGCGAAUAUUCGUUUGA